AUGGUUGUUGAUGCCAUUCAGACUUUCAAAUGCUCUAAGUACCUUCAUGAGGAUGAUGAACCAGGUAGGAAGAUUCAACUGGGAAGAGGAACAAGAUCAGAGCUUUGCCUUCAUCAAAGAAAAGUUGUGUACAACUCUAGUAUUAGCAUUUUCAAGCUUGAGAAAAUCUUUGAGAAAUUCUAUUUAGUGGUGAGGGCUUUGAAGCUAUGGGAACAUUAUCUUGUACAGAAUGAGUUUAUGUUGUUCAUUGAUCACCAAGCCUUUAAAUUCAUUUAUAGUCAGAAACACAUCAGCACGAUGCAUGCUCGGUUGGUGACUUUCCUCCAAAAUUUUCCUUUUGUGAUUAAACAUAAAUAUGGAAGUACAAACAAAGUUGCAGAUGUACUGAGUUGGAGAGCUUCCUUACUGAUCACAUUAUCACAGGAAAUUGUUAGGUUCGAGUGCUUGAAAGAUGUUGGAGUUUUAGUUCUCCAAAAUGGCACACUUCAUAGCUUCUCAGAAGACUUCAUAUGA